GGGGCGCCACUUGCACGUCUCACUGCUGCGACCAGACCUUCGAACUGUGAGAGCGGCGCGGUAGCCGGAGCGCCUGGCUGUCAGGACUCAAUGUAAGGAGCGACUCGCGAGAUGCCUAUGGCUUAUAACAGGAUUCCCGGUGAAAUGAGUCCAUGGAAACGGUUGCCAGGGCCGGCAAAUUGCUGCUCACAGGAGUCCCUCGACGCUUUGCUAACAAUGCAGGGACUGGCCAGUGCAGGGUCAAUGCAGCACCACUUCCGGUGUGUGUUUUGUGGGCACGCCUCACUUCAGUGAGGUUGCCUUUGACCCCGGAAGUCAAUUUCUCUGGGUUCCUCCCUCUCCAAGAUGGCAGCGUCAGAAGACGGCUUACAGCUGCCUCGCCUUCCGGAGCUGUUCGAAACCAGCAAACAGCUGCUGGAGGAAAUAGAAGUAGCGAAUGAACCGACCGGCUCCAGGGUAAUCCAGGAUAAAGUGUUCAAGGGACUGGACCUACUUGAGAAGGCUGCUGAAAUGUUAUCGCAACUGAAUUUGUUCAGCCGAAACGAAGAUUUAGAAGAAAUUGCUUCCAUCGACCUGAAGUACCUGAUGGUGCCAGCGUUUCAAGGAGCCCUCACCAUGAAACAAGUCAACCCGAGCAAGCGUCUAGAUCAUUUACAGCAGGCUCGAGAACAUUUUAUAAACUACUUGACUCAGUGCCAUUAUUAUCAUGUGGCAGAGUUUCAGCUUCCCAAAACCAAGAACAACUCAACUGAAAAUAACACUGCUAGUCACUCCGUGGCCUAUACUAACCUCGUUGCUAUGGCAUCUCAAAGAAAGGCUAAAAUAGAGAGAUACAAGCGGAAGAAAGAGGUGGAGCAUAGGUUGUCUGCCCUGAAAUCUGCUGUAGAAAAUGGUCAAGCAGAUGAUGAGCAAGUUCGUGAAUAUUACCUCCUUCACCUUCAGAGGUGGAUUGGAAUCAGCUUAGAAGAGAUUGAGAGCAUUGACCAGGAAAUGAAGAUCCUGAUAGAAAAAGACUCUUCAAAAGAGGCAUCAACUUCUCACUCAUCUCUUCAGGACAGACCUCCAAUGAAAUCCUUCAUACUCACUCGGGACACGACCCAAGCCAAAGUAUUUGGAGCUGGUUAUCCAAGUCUGGCAACUAUGACAGUGAGUGACUGGUAUGAGCAGCAUCGGAAAUAUGGAGCAUUACCAGACCAGGGAAUAACCAAGGCAACAUCAGGGGUCAAGUACCUGGAUCGGUGAGCAUUCUGAAUCCAAAUCUGAAGAACAAAUUUUCUAUACUGCCACCAUUCUGGAACAUGGGUGCUGCCUCUGCCAUUCUGGAACAUGGUGCUCUACGGCUUUCUCCUCAAAGCAAAGUCUUUCACUUUCGCAGUUUUGAGACCACAAAGCAUAGAGACUUGCUGCUACUUGUGAUGCCCUCAGGUCAUCUUUUAUAUUCUCAUAUUCCUUCACAGCAAUCAAGAUCUGCUCAGCUCUACCUUUGCAGUCCGCAGCUUUACUGGAGCUUCCUUUUUCAUCACACUCAGAGCAUUUUAAAUCGUCCUUCUGGGCUCUUUGCUCUUGAUUCUCAACAUACAUCCAGCUCAAAACCCCCAGCAGCAGCCAUACCAUGGCCUCAACAUUCACCUGCCUUGAAAUUUCUUCUGCCAGAUUAAUUAGUCCACCGCCCUUAAUCUCAGACUCAGGCAAAGUCUCUGGACACAAGCAAAAUGCAGACAAACUUCUGCGAAGCCACAUCGUCUGGAGUCCAACAGCCAAUGCAUUUCUUCCCAGUGGAAACCUCUCAAGCCUGGUCUUUACCAGCAGGAUUUCUGUCAGCCUUCUGGUCUUCUGACCAGAAUCUCCCCUAUGGAACAGCCUAAGACGUUUCAACUCUACUCUUUCAGACGACUUCUCCAAACCUUUCCAAUCUCUAAGCCCAUAAUUAUAUUUUAAAACAAAAGUAAAUUGGUAUGAUAAGGAACCUAUUUACUUUCUUGAAAGUGGGAAAUGAUAGGAAAGAAUUAAGUAUUCAUCUUUCCUACGGGCUGAUUAAAUAGUAAUAGAUGAGGGGAAGCCCCUCUUUAUAAAAGUAUUCCAGGUAAUAAUAAAUAAGUAAUUGGAGUUAAGAAUAUCACUUUUUUGAAAACCCCAAUAAAUGAAUGGUAAGAGGGAUUGAGCAUAAAUAACUGCAAACAUCACUAUGUUAAUCAGCUUCCGUUGGUAGGGCAGGAUACCUGAAAUAAUCAAUUUAAAAGAAAAAAAUUUAGUGGGGUCAUGACUUCAAAGGUUUCAGUCCGUGGUUCGCUGGCUUCUUUGCUUUUCAUCCUGUGGUAAGGGGAGCAUGUAGCAAAGCAAAGCUCAGCACCUCAUGAUGGCUGGGAAGCAAAGAGAGAAGGGGCUGGGGUCCCACUGUCUGGUACACACACAUCCCCAAAACCUUAAGACCUCCCAUCAGGCCCCACAUCCUAAAGGUUUCACCAGCUUCUUCAGUAGAAAAACCGGUAAGGAAAGAAAGGAAUGGAAGGGAAACCUGAUUGUUAAAAAAGAUUUCAAAACUUUUAAAUAGACAAGACUAACCUCAGAAAAACUGUGCUAAGUGAAGUCAGAUACAAAUGACUACAUUCUGUUUAUAUGAAAUGUCCAACAUGAGCAAAUCUAUCGAGCCAGAAAGUAGAUUAGCAAUUCCCUGGGCUGGAGGGAGGGAGAGAAUGGAAAUAAACUGUAAAUGGACACAAGGGAUCUUUUGGAGGUGGUAGAAUUUUUUAAUUGGAUUGUAGUGAUAGUUGCACAACUCUACUAAAAUCAUUGAGUGAAAAAUGAACAUAAUACAAAUGGGCAACCAUCUGAGGAUGCACACUUGUGCAGUAAAGCUAUAAUAAACCCUAGGAAGUUAUUACUAGGAAAAGCAGUAUAGUGAUUACUUUUGCAAGGAGAGGGGGCUUAUGAAUCACAUUAUUCACAUGGAGAGACUUGGGAAGGCUGCAGAACUAUUUCUUGACUCAAGUUGAGACUCAAGACCCCCUUAUAAAAAUUUAUUUCUUUAAUAUAUUUGAGUUGUGUCAGUAUUUUUUAUUUUACAAUAAAGGGGUUGAAAGAAAAGAAUACCAGACUCCUAAGUUGUUAGAUCAGAUCCCCACAUAUUUCGUUCUUCAUUAUAGUUAUAGAAUAUUUCUCGCUGGCAAACUCAGAGUAGCCAGGAAAAUGUUGCUUGACUUCACAAAGAAAAAACCAUGCAAAAGAGAAAUAUAGCCAUUUGUUUAUUUCUUUUUAGUGUAUUCUGCCUAGUAAGUGCCAUUGGGACCUCAGAACCUGUUCUCAGCGCAUACAAAACACAUAGGCAUUCUUUUCUGGUAGGUUCAACUGUCCUAUGGUUUUUAAUUUUAGGCAUACAGCAAAUGGGAUAACUAGGGCAGGCAUGGUGAUACACACCUAUAAUUCCAACACUCUAGGAGGUUGAGACAACAGUAGCUUAGCAUGAUCUUGUCUCAAAAUUUUAAAAGGGCUGGAGAAUGCAGAUCAAUGUGAAGGCCUUGGGUUUAGUCUGCAGUGUGCAUGCGUGCGCACACACACGCACAUGCACACACAUGCACACACACAUAUAUAACUAAUAAAGGAAAUGGGUGCAAGAGGAAAAAAUCACCUGCGAUCCCACUUCCCUGGUAACUCAUAAAUCAUAAAAUUAUAUUUUUCCCUUAGUGGGUUGUUGAGGAUUUUACUUUUAUUGAUAGUGAUAUUUUUGUUUUGGGGAUAGGAGUUGGCUAUUUUAGCAAAAAUUCUUUCCCAAAAUGGAAUUCAUUCCGAAGAAGA